CCCCCCCCCCCCACAUCGCACUUGAGCUUCAGUUUUACCUCGCAGCUUCGCGUACCACUCGCGCGCAAGUAGAAUACAGGAAUCGAACACAGGACAGCCAGCGCCAACGCGCGCACCAUUCUCAAGAUGCAGCGCUCUUCCUCUUCCGACAAGACGCCACCUGGCUACGAUGCCGAGAAGACCACCUACGACGCCGGCGCAGGCGAUGAUGUGACAGGCCAUAUUCGAGGUCUCGAGACCUCAACCGACACGGCGCUGCACCGCGGCUUAAAGGCGCGACACAUUACCAUGAUUGCCAUCGGUGGUGCCAUCGGUACGGGUCUGAUUAUCGGUACCGGCAAGGCCCUAGCGCAAGCCGGUCCCGGUUCCAUCUUCGUCUCGUAUUCCAUCGUCGGCAUGAUCGUGUUCCUCGUCAUGGCCGCACUGGGUGAAAUGGCUGCUUGGCUGCCCAUGAGUGCUGGUUUCACGGGCUAUGCGUCGAGGUUCUGCGACCCCAGUUUGGGAUUUGCUUUGGGGUACAGCUACUGGUUCAAGUAUAUCAUUGUCACGCCGAACCAGCUCACUGCUUUUGCGCUGGUGAUGCAGUACUGGCUACCGAGAGACAGAGUGAAUCCCGGUGUUUGGAUUGCGAUAGUCUUGGUCAUCAUCAUCGUCAUCAACUACUUUGGUAUCAAAUUCUUUGGUGAAUUCGAGUUCUGGCUGUCCAGUUUCAAGGUCAUCGUCAUCUGCGGUGUCAUCAUCUUGACCUUGGUCAUUGCUCUGGGUGGUGGACCCAACCAUCAACGCACGGGCUUCCGAUACUGGCAGGAUCCUGGUGCUUUUGCUCCUUACAUUGACACCAACAAUAUUGCUGCUGGCAAGUUCUACGGUUUCUGGUCGACCAUGGUCAUAGCUACCUUUGCUUUCUUGGGAACCGAGUUGGUUGGUGUCACAGUCGGAGAGGCUCAGAACCCUCGCAAGACCAUCCCACGUGCGAUUCGUCUCACCUUCUAUCGUAUCCUGGUCUUCUAUAUCCUCUCCGUCCUUCUCCUCGGUAUGGUCGUGCCCUACAACUCCAAGGAACUCGCUUUCGCAAACAAGGCCAGCACGGGCGCUGCUGCAUCGCCAUUUGUCUUGGCGGUCAAGCUUUCCGGCAUCAAGGUUUUGGACCACAUCCUCAACGCUUGUAUCCUCGUCUUCGUCUUCUCGGCUUGCAACUCCGAUUUGUACAUCGCCAGCCGUACUCUGUACGGUCUUGCUUCCGACGGUGACGCGCCACGCAUCUUCCGACGAACCAACAAGGACGGUGUCCCCAUCUAUGCUCUCGGUGCCUCCUCGCUGUUCUGUCUACUAGCCUUCAUGAACGUCUCGGACGACUCCAAGACCGUCUUUGGCUACUUUGUCAAUCUGACCACCAUCUUCGGACUCAACACCUGGAUCUCCAUCCUCGUCACCCACAUCUGGUUCCGCCGCGCCCGCAAGGCCCAGAACAUCCCCAACAGCGCCAUGCCCUACAACGCACCUCUCGGUAUCUACGGCUCUUACGCCGCCCUGGUCAUGUGUGUCAUCAUCGCUUUGACCAAGAACUUCGACGUCUUCACCGGCGAUUUCAAGUCCAAGUAUGCCACCUUCAUCACCGGUUACCUGGGUAUCCCAAUCUAUCUCAUCCUGAUCUUCGGCCACAAGAUCGUCACCAAGAGCAAGGGCAUCCGACCACACGAGUGCGACUUCUACACCGGAAAGGACAUCAUUGAUCGUGAGGAGGAGGCGUUCCUGGCUGAGCAGGCCGCCAAGAAGGCUGCCAAGGGUCCGGACACUGCCGGUGCUUUCUACAAGAAAUGGGUCUCGUGGCUGCUAUAAGCACAUACAGGAACAGGAAUAUUGUUUUCUAGAAAGGGAAAGAAACGGGUUAUUGAUACAGGGAACGAUUUACAUGAUAUGACAUGGGAGGAUUAGCACGGGGAUACCUUUUGCUGAUGGCACCUCACGAUGCAUGAUACAGCGUCAUGAGAUUUAUAAGAUAGGCGAAGUAAUAUGAAUCAUCCCCA